AUGAGGUGCAGUUCGGUGAGGUGCGCGUGGAAUGAGGUGUGGUGUGGUGCGGUGCGCAUGGGUGCUGUGCAGUGCGAGUGGCAUGAGGAGCGGUGCUGUGCGGUGCGGUGCGCGUGGAAUGAGGUGCAGUGCGAUGCGUGGCAUGAGGAGCGGUGUGGUGCGAGUGGCAUGAGAAGCGGUGCGGUGCGGUGUGCGUGGAAUGAGGUGCGGAGCGUGUGGAAUAAGGUGCGGGCGUGUGGAAUGCAGUGCAGUGCACGUGGAAUGAAGUGGGGUGCGGGCGUGUGGAAUGCAGUGCAGUGCACGUGGAAUGAAGUGGGGUGCGGUGCGGUGCGCGUGGAAUGGGGUGCGGUGCUGUGCGGUGUAAGUGGCAUGAGGAGGGGUGCGGUGCGGUGUGCGUGGAAUGAGGUGCGGUGCGUGUGGAAAGCGGUGCGGUGCACGUGGAAUGAGGUGGGGUGCGGUGCGGUGCGCAUGAAAUGA